GUUUGUGUUGAUGGCAUAGAUACAAGAAGGAGAGGUUUUGUCGGAACAAGAUUGUUAGUUUGAGUUUCUUGUUUCUCCCUCUCUCUCUCUUUCUUCUUCUUCUUCAUCUUCUUGGGAAAAACAUAAAGAAAUAUUCCAUUUUCAAAGAAAGAGCAAUAUAUCAAAUGGCAGAUCAACUAACAGAUGAUCAGAUCUCUGAAUUCAAAGAAGCAUUUAGCUUGUUUGAUAAAGAUGGUGAUGGUUCCAUCACAACAAAGGAGCUUGGAACCGUGAUGAGGUCAUUAGGCCAGAAUCCAACAGAGGCAGAGCUACAAGACAUGAUAAACGAAGUAGAUGCCGAUGGUAACGGCACAAUCGAUUUUCCUGAAUUUCUAAACCUUAUGGCAAGGAAAAUGAAAGACACAGAUUCAGAAGAAGAACUGAAAGAAGCGUUUAGAGUGUUCGACAAGGAUCAGAAUGGAUUCAUUUCUGCUGCUGAACUGCGCCAUGUAAUGACCAACCUUGGUGAAAAGCUUACUGAUGAAGAAGUUGAUGAAAUGAUUCGAGAGGCUGAUGUUGAUGGUGAUGGUCAAAUUAAUUAUGAUGAGUUUGUUAAGGUUAUGAUGGCCAAGUGAGAUUAAUUAUCAAACCAUACAAUACUACUACUACACCUUAUAUAAUGUAUAACCUUUAAUCAAUUCUCAUUCAUUUGUUCAACAUUGAUCAUUGUAAUGAAAUAUGAUAUAUGUGCUAGAUGUGAAGUUGAUAUACGGGGGAUAUUAUAUAAAUAAAACUUGUCAUGUUCACACAA